CUUCAAUAAUGCAAUCCCACCAUCAAAUUGCAAUUUGCAAAUGGAUAGUUCUACUGACAAACCUCCUUAUACUCCUCUGUUUGAACAAAUCCAGCCCGCCCGAAAUCCGGCUGAUUACAGGCGAUCCUUGAAGAUCAUCACCUGUAGCCUCCUUUCCUCCCUCUGUGUACUAUCUUCUGUCAUUCUGAUCCUCAGUCAAUCACCCUUACCAAAGUCUCAACUAGUCAGCAAUGGAACUUUACAAGAACCUUCAUCGUUGGAGUCCUCAUCGAUCGCCAGAGUUGCGGUCUCUUCGCCCGUGGAGGCGUCUGGAGAUGGGUUCUCGAACCAAUGGACUGAACGGAUGUUGACUUGGCAAAGAACAGCUUUCCAUUUUCAACCAAAAAAUGGCUGGAUGAAUGGUUUGGAGCAUACUGAUUUAAUUGGCUCCACUUAUUUUUAAAUACAUUUUGCUGCUUUGCUGAUUGAAGAUUUGAUUCGAGUUUUUUUGCUCUUUCAUCUUAAUCUCAUGAAUGCUCUUCCGGACAUCACCUGCUUAUAAUGGAAUACGGCAGAUCCAAAUGGUAUUGCGCUAUGCAAACUCUUGCUUCAUUCAUAUUCUGUUGUUAUUGACUUUUUAUCAAUCAUUGCUGCAUAAAAAUUGCUUGCAUAACACGAAUGUCCUGGGGUUAACUUACUAGUGGGUGGUUCUGGGUGAACACAAGUUUUUAUAAGGUUAACUCACUAUUCAUCUCUUUUCGAGCCUUCGAGGUGUUGGAAGUAUUUUGGUGACAAGAAAUUAGGUUUUAGAAGAUUAUACUCCGUAUAAGUUUACUAACCUCCAAAAAUCCAUUUUUUGAUAACCUAUGAAAACUCAAGUCUGUAAAAUUCUUGAAUCAUGGGCUUUGAAAGAUUGAGUUUUUCUGGUAAGGUGUUUUUACCUAGGUAACAUCCAUUCCAACAACUUUUUGUCUUUUUGUACUUGCAACUAGGUUCACCUAGGUCCAUCCAAGUUCUUACUAACUUGAGGUUGACCAAGUUACUUAAUUUCAUUCGAACCAAACAGAAUCUAAGUGGAAACGGACAUAUUCUGAUAUUAUCAUGAAAAUUAUAUGAGAUGCAUUAGAACCUCAAUAGGUAUGGUCGUCCCUGUGCCAGCUCUAAGGACUGAUCAGUCCCCGUUCCAUGCUUAUGAUUCUGGUCUCUAGCUCUCCUAACUUUAAGUUCUAUAAAGAAUUUUGAAAAAAAUAAAAAGAAAUAGAAAUUGUUGAAUUUUGACAGGUUACCACUAACCAGUUACAACCCUGGAGACUUCCCUGCAUUUCUGCUUCUUUAAAGACUGUGGGUUUAGCCAAACCCAUGUCCUCCCCUAACUCUCACUGCUCCAUUAUACUACAAAGGAUGGUACCACCUUUUCUACCAAUACAACCCAAGUUCAGCUUUUUGGGUGGAAAAUAUCACAUGGGGUCAUGCAGUAUCAAAAGACAUGAUUCAUUGGCUCUAUCUACCACAAGCAAUGGUCCCUGAUCAGCCCUAUGACCUGCGUGGCGUUUGGACUGGCUCUGCCACAUCCCUCCCUGAUGGAAGGAUCAUGGUGGUCUACACAGGGAACACUGAUGUGCAGGUGCAAAAUCUUGCAUAUCCUGCUAAUCUUUCUGAUCCUCUCCUCCUUAAAUGGACCAAGUAUCCGGGUAACCCUGUUAUUGUCCCGCCGCCCAGCGUUGGUUUGUUGGAGUUUAGGGAUCCAACUACAGCGUGGGCAGACUUAAAAAGUGGCCAUUGGUAUCUUACUAUAGGAUCUGAGCUUAAUCAAACAGGUGUUGCAUUUGUUUAUGAAACUGCCGAUUUUAAAAGCUAUAAACUUUUGGAUGGGUUCUUGCAUUCAGUUACUGGUACUGGUAUGUGGGAGUGUGUGGACUUUUUUCCGAUUUCAACCGGGAAUGGAAAUGGGUCAGACCAAAUGGUUAAAGGUUCAGGUGUGAAGCAUGUUUUGAAGGCAAGUUUGUAUGACGAAACACAUGAUUAUUAUGCUAUUGGGACGUAUGACCCAAUAAAAAUAAAGUGGACACCUGAUUAUCCGGAACUGGAUAUAGGUAAGGGGUUGAGACUUGAUUAUGGGAAAUGUUACGCAACAAAGACCUUUUAUGACCAAAACAAGCAUAGAAGAAUUAUAUUUUCUUGGAUUGGGGAAAGUGACUCCCGAGAUGUUGACAUUGUAAAGGGUUGGGCAUCUAUUCAGGGCGUACCUAGGGCUCUUAAUUUUGACAAGAAAACAGGGAGUCAUCUGCUUCAGUGGCCAAUUAAAGAAGUUGAGAGCUUGAGAUUAGGUGUUCCUAUAGUCACUGAAGUGGAGCUUCAACCGGGCUCACUUGUGUCGAUCAAUAUUUCAACUGCUACACAGUUAGACAUUAUUGUCUCAUUUCAAGUUGAUAAGGGCGCAUUUGAAGCUGCAACAGUGGAAGCCAACUAUAAGUACAUCUGCAAUCACAGUGGUGGUGCUGUUAACAGAGGCACUUUGGGGCCAUUUGGUAUAAUAGUUGUGGCUGAUGAAACACUUAGUGAGCUAACACCUGUUUACUUCUUCAUUAACAAAGGUGUUGAUGGGAAUGCUGAGACUCAUUUCUGUACCGACUUGACAAGAUCAUCACAGGCUUCUGGAGUUGAGAAAGAAGUUUAUGGCAGUACUGUACCUACUGUUGAAGAUGAGAAAUAUUCAGCAAGAAUAUUGGUUGACCACUCGAUUGUAGAGAGCUUUGCUCAAGGGGGAAGGACAGUUAUAACAUCAAGAGUGUAUCCAACUAAAGCAAUUUAUGAGACAGCGAAGGUGUUCUUGUUCAACAAUGCCACCGGGGCAAGUGUUCAAGCAAAUGUGAAAAUAUGGCAAAUGAGAUCAGCUGACAUUAAGCCAUUCCCCGUUUGAAUCUAGUAUGUAUGUUCCACGGGCGUUGCACGUGAUGCGGCACUAUUCUUGCAUGUAUAGUUUUCUUGUAAUACUAGUGUAACACCCGGGGCAAUGCCCCGGUGGACCGGUGGUGUCAUCAUAAGAACUAAAUUCAUAAAUAUCAAUAGAUUUUUUAAAGGAAUAUCAAUAGAGGUUGAUAAUAUUUUUGUAUAUUGUCUUUGUUCUUAAAUAAGUGCAACAUAUUGAAUUUUACGUUAUUCACAUGUUCUACUUCAAAUAUGCUUUA